AUGGUGGUCUGGAAUAACAGUGAUGCUGUGGAACCCAUAUUUAUCCUGAGGGGUCUUCCUGGACUAGAGUAUGUUCAUUUUUGGGUCUCAAUCCUAUUCUGUUCUGCGUAUUUAGUAGCAUUUAUUGGUAAUGUUACUAUUCUCUCUGUCAUUUGGAUAGAGUCCUCACUCCAUCAACCCAUGUAUUACUUCAUUUCCAUCUUGGCACUGACUGACCUGGGUAUGUCUUUGUCCACACUCCCCACUAUGCUUGGUGUAUUAUGGUUGGAUGCUCGGGAGAUCCAGGCAAGUGCUUGCUAUGCUCAGCUGUUUUUCAUUCACAUAUUCACCUUCCUGGAAUCCUCAGUGCUGUUGGCCAUGGCCUUUGACCGUUUUGUUGCUAUCUGCCGUCCACUGCACUACUCCACCAUCCUCACCAACAGUACAAUUGGAAAAAUUGGCUUGGCCUGUUUGUUACGAAGCAUGGGAGUUGUAUUGCCCACACCUUUGCUACUGAGACGCUAUCACUACUGCAAAGGAAAUGCUCUCUCCCAUGCCUUCUGUUUGCACCAGGAUGUUCUGAAAUUAUCCUGUUCAGACGCCAGGAUCAACAGCAUUUAUGGACUGUGUAUAGUUGUUGUCACACUAGGUGUGGAUUCAGUCUUUAUACUUCUUUCUUAUGCUCUGAUUCUGAAUGCUGUGUUGGGUAUCGCGUCUCGUGAAGAGCGGCUAAAGGCACUUAACACAUGUGUAUCUCACGUUUGCGUGGUACUCAUCUUUUUUGUUCCAGUUAUUGGAGUGUCAAUGGUUCAUCGUUUUGGGAAGCAUCUGUCAUCCAUCAUCUAUGUCCUCAUGGCUGACAUCUAUCUGCUUUUUCCUCCAGUCCUUAAUCCUAUUGUCUACAGUGUCCGGACAAAGCAAAUUCGUUUAGGAAUUCUCCAAAAGUUUGGGCUAAGGAGGAGGUUUUAA